AGAGAUCGAAUUAUAACCGUACCGAAUAUUUUAUCCAUGACACGACUUGUCCUAUCUCCAUACUUGGCCUAUUUGUUACUACAAGAUCAUUUCACAAGUGCUUUAAUACUUUUCACUGCUGCUGGCCUAACUGAUUUGCUGGAUGGCUGGAUUGCAAGGCGUUACUCUAGCCAAAAAUCGUUAAUUGGAACCGUAUUAGACCCCGUUUCCGACAAAAUUCUUAUGUGUACCUUAACCGUAUCUCUAACUGCUGCUUCAUUACUUCCAUGGCAAAUUACUGCAAUCAUUCUAUCAAGAGACAUUGGAUUAGUGACAUACGCUUUUUACUACCGAUUUAAAACACUUCCUCCACCUGUUACUCUCAACCGAUUUUUCAGUACAAGGCAUGCUCCCGCCGAAAUCCAUCCGCUUGGUAUUAGUAAGCUAAAUACCGGUCUACAAUUAUCGCUGAUAUUCAUGUCUAUAGCAGCACCCAUAUUUGACUUUAUACAUCAUCCUAUGCUCCAGAUCUUAUGGUUUACGACUGCAGCUACAACGGUUGCAUCAGGACUUAGCUACAUGAGAUCUGUAAAUUUUGUCAAACAUCUUAAGAAAAGUGAAAGGUAA